UAGUAGUAAAGGAAAUCGAUCAAACAAGUGAUGACCGUGUAGCAAAACAACGGAGCAAAUGGAGCAGGAACAAAGACAAGUUUGCCAAGCGGGGGGCAACAUUCUCCCUCUCAGGUAUGGGCGCGUGCACGCCGUGCGUGGCGUGAGUCUCGCAGUGCGCCCGGGGGAGUGCGUCGGCCUGCUAGGUGCUAACGGGGCCGGCAAGUCCACCACAUUUCGCAUGCUGGCCGCCGUAACCAGGCCCUCGGAGGGCGACGCCUACAUGAGCCAAGCCGUCCUCUCCAGGAAUCCACGUCAGUGGCAAUCAGCGAUAGGCUACUGCCCGCAGACCGAUGGCCUCCUGGACAACCUGACCGCACGGGAGUACCUGCGCUUGAUUGCAAGGCUGCGCGGCGUGCCUGAAGGCGAGAUAUCGCCUCUCUUAGAUUACCUUCUCUACACGUUUAGACUGUCAGGCCACGCAGGGCGAAGGUGCGGAACGUACAGGAUGGAAGAGUGCGAGGCUGCCUGCGAUCGAGUGGGCAUCAUGGCUGAAGGGCAGUUUUGCUGCCUCGGACCGCUACGCCAUAUUAUAGAGCGCUACGGCCGUGGUUGCACGCUUGCGUUCACCGUAAAUGACGCUGAACGCGGACACGAUGCACGGAUAGACUCGGCCGUGAACGAAAUACUACCGAAGAGCAAGCGCCUGCGUGUAUACAAGGGAAGGCACGAAUACCAGUUGGACAAAAGUCUCUCGUGGGGAACCAUCUACACCAAAAUUGAGGAACUGAAGUUCGCUUUACAACUUGACGAUAUCUGGCUCUCACCGACGUCUCUAGAAGACGUAUUCACGGAGUUUGCGACUGUAGGCAAAGGCAGCACAUGAAUGCGAACCUUUGUGCCGUGCAAUGUGCACUUUCAGCCAUAGUACGCCUUGUCGUCGACUAAUGUAAUCGAACAAGUUUGCUCUUUCUCUAUAUAAUGUAGGCGCUUUUAGAGGUAUGAUACUGCACUAAUAAUUGCUGUUAAAUUUGCAUUGAAUUGCGUUCGUUUUACCUCGUAAGGUGGCGCUUGCUGCGAUACGUUGCUAAUUUUUAAUAAAUACAGAGGACGUGGAGCUGGAUGUAUGCGGUAGCUCCAGAUGAAGAUGGGAGCGUGUGUCAUGUGGAAGUAGCGAAUGUGGGGCCGAUACAUGUUGGACAGGGCACUCGGUUCUGACGGCAAACUUAAAUGUGUGCUGACGUGGCAUUUUUCACUAUUCAUUACUCGCAAUAAAUGAAAGUCCCACAUCUCUAAACCUUGAAGAGAAUAGUGAAAAAACUCAUAUCGAAGUUGUUAAUUUAAUGUAUUAGCCUUUCUACAGCCAGCUCCGGUUCCGUAUUCAGGAGAAUGCUGUAUCGGGACGCCACGACGCAGUAUACAGGCACAGUACAUCGCGAGAUUGUUAAACCAGCUGUGGCUCACUCGGUGCGCCAUGCUGUACAACGGCCCUAACAAAAAGUAGCAGCAUACGAGGUGAUUGAGUGAGCGCGAGCGAGUGCUAAAGGUCGCAAUAUCUUGCUCCCACUUCACCACAUUUACUAAUUUAAUAAAAGGCUCAAAUAAUAAAUUAUUUAAGGUGAUCUGAGGCUUCUAAUUUGCAGUGACUAGGGGUCUCGGACCUUGAUUUAAAGCAAAAUAUUAAUAAUUGGAAAUAUGAUAUCAGUACCCCCCUUAACUCUACCAUGUUGUUCAAAUCACAGUAAACAAUGCGCGCUCGUGGACCAAUCGUCGCCGUAGUGUGCGACAUGCUUAUUUUCUGCGAUAGUAUACGUACGUGUCGACAAUACGCCUCCGCAAGAAAUGUUAAGUAAAGUAGUAAACGAAUCACAGUGAUUGAUUAAGGCUACUGCUGAUUAAUACCGCAGUAAAGUCUAAUACGUUUUUUAGCAGAUCCAUGAAAGAAUUCACUUGUUAUAGGUUUUUAAUUAUUUUUGCAAUGUAAGCCACCAGAAAUCUGUCUGUAAAAUUCGUUUCUGUGGAAAACGUGGCUCAAUUAUCGGAAGAAUAAUGUCUUCAGAGGAAGUAUUGCGUUUUACUCUCCAUUAACACAUGUGAUAUGGGCAGAAAUGUUCUUGUUACACAAUUG